AACCCAGCCCCUUGUAACCUGAAACGCCUAAGCCUGAGCAGCCACCCCACGCGCCCAAAGACUCCCAAUUAAUGUUUAACAAGCGCCGGAUGGUCCGAUGGGGGAAGAGUGGCGUGAUCGGGCCACAUCCACGCCCCAAAAGAUUGUGAGGAACACGAGAGGAUGUAAAGGAAGAGAGAGGGAGGGAGGGGGGAAAGAAAGGGGAGAAAGUCAGCCAAAGAGAGAGAGAGAGAGAGAGAGAGAGAGGGAAGGAAGGAAGGGAGGAAGAAGGGAGGAGGGCGGGCGCGUGCGGUGCGCGUUCCCGGGGCGUCAUUUUCGUGGGCUAAUCCCUCGCCAAGCCGCCGCUUGCGAGGCUGAGCAAGGAGCAGCGCUUCGACGGGUUCUAGGUUGAGGCUUUGGGGGGGUUCUAGAUCCCGUCUGUCCACGAGGGCGUUUUGAUUUCAUACAAGGUCUGGGACUUGGCAAGAGUGCGGACUCUGCUGAUCCCCGCUCUCCCAAACAUGGGAAGGCGCCUCUCUUUGGCGGCUCCGCUGCUGCUGCUGCUUGGGCUUCUCCUGGUCCUUCGCUCCCCUCCCGCGGAUUCCAGUGUCGUGGAUGCUCCGGACGAAGAGGACGACCCCACGCCCUCCUUGGCUUUGGAGGAGGAGAACCAGGACGAGGUCGGGAAGGACCGGAGCGCCCCCGCCGCCUUCCAUCGGAGCAAGAAGGACAUGUGGCGCUUACCUGGGAAUUAUAUUGUGGUGCUUAAGGAGGAAACCCAUAAAUCUCAGACAACCCGGACGGCCAAGCGGCUGCAGGUCCGAGCAGCCAAGCAUGGCUACUUGACAAAAAUUCUCCAUAUCUUUGAGGACCUAUUUCAGGGCUUCGUGGUGAAAAUGAGCAGUGAUGUGUUACACAUGGCAUUGAGGCUGCCACAUGUGGAUUACAUUGAAGAAGACUCUUAUGUGUUUGCUCAGAGCAUUCCUUGGAACCUCGGCCGGAUCGUCCCAGUGCAGGACAAUUCAAAUGAAUACAAUCCUCCCAAUAGAGGUGACCUGGUUGAAGUUUAUCUGCUAGAUACUGGCAUCCAAAGCAACCAUCGGGAAAUAGAAGGUAGAGUGUUUGUGACCGAUUUUGAGAAUGUCCCAGAAGAGGAUGGCACUCGAUUUCACCGUCAGGCUAGUAAGUGUGACAGUCAUGGGACCCACAUGGCUGGUGUUGUGAGUGGGAGGGAUGCUGGCGUGGCCAAAGGAGCCAGUGUUCGCAGCCUCCGGGUACUCAACUGCCAGGGAAAGGGUACUGUGAGUGGCACUCUCAUUGGAUUGGAAUUUAUUAAAAAGACCUUGGCUGCCCAGCCCUACAGUCCUCUGGUGGUUUUGCUCCCCUUGGCUGGAGGCUAUAGCCGCAUUCUCAAUGCAGCCUGUCGCCUCAUGGUCCAGUCAGGAGUGGUGAUCAUUGCUGCAGCAGGCAACUACAAGGAUGAUGCUUGCUUAUAUUCACCAGCAUCAGAAUCAGAGGUUAUCACAGUUGGCGCCACCAAUGUCCAAGACCAACCUGCUUCUAUGGGAAGCCUGGGAACCAAUUUUGGCCGUUGCGUAGAUGUGUUUGCUCCUGGAGAUGAUAUCAUUGGUGCGUCCAGUGACUGCAGCACCUGCUUCACAUCACAGAGUGGGACAUCCCAGGCAGCUGCACAUGUGGCAGGUAUUGCAGCCAUGAUUCUGAACAGCAACCCCACUCUAUCCAUCUCUGAGCUGAGGCAGAGGUUGAUCCACUUCUCCAUCAAGAACCUUAUGAAUGAAGCUUGGUUUCCAGAAGAGCAGAGGCUUUUAACCCCCAACAGAGUGGCUGGGCUUCCCUCUAAACUUGUAGAAGAUGAAGAGUUAUACUGUCGCUCUGUGUGGUCUUCCCUGUCUGGUUCGACUAGUUCAGCAAUAGCUGUCGCCCGUUGCAAUGGAAAUGAAGAAAUGUUCAGCUGCUCAAGUUUGUCAAGGAAUGGCAAGCGUCGAGGAGAGCGCAUUGAGGACUAUGGAGGCAGGAAAGACUGUGUGGCACAUAAUAGAUUUGGUGGCCAAGGUGUCUAUGCCAUAGCCAGGUGUUGCAUUUGGCCUAAAGCGGACUGUCAGGUUUAUGCACAUGCGCCGGUUGCAGAGCGCACAGCUGUUCAAAAUGUUGGCUGCACCAAGGAUAGCCAUAUUUUGACAGGUUGCAGUUCUCAUUCUGUGGGUGAAGAUUUCAGUGGCAACAUCAGACCUGUACUCAAGACAGAAGGCAACUAUGACCAAUGCAUUGGCCAGUCAGGUACAGCUGUUCAUGCCUCCUGUUGCCAUGCACCCAGCCUUGAGUGCAAGGUACAAGAAUAUUCUCCUUUGGAACACAUAGCAAAGGUAACGGUGACUUGUGAUGCGGGUUGGACACUGACAGGAUGUAAUGCCCAGUCUUAUGGUUCUCACACACUUGGUGCAUAUUCAGUGGACAAUACCUGUGUAGUCAUGAGCAGUCCAGGGAGACACAGAACAGCAGCCAUUGCCAUUUGUUGCAGGAAAAGACUUUUGGAAACUGUGAAGCAUCGUUCCAGUUACAAGUGACAGUUCCAACUCCUUCUCCCUCAGUUACCGGAGACUCUCAAAUUAUGACAGACACCCCAUAAGGUGACAUUGGUGAUGUGAUAGUCAUAUCUCUGUUUUGCUUGAAGAAAGCAUUUUGAAAGCAGGCUCUAGUACAACUAGUAAGGGUUCUUGAUUGGUCCUUGAGAUAUUUGUUCUCAAUUUCACAGCUGAUUGGCAUGAUGGGGUCUGCUUCAAUAUUAUCAAUUGAGCUACACCUAUAAAAUUCACCCUAAGCUAUUGUAUCUUCUGGUAUACCAUGACAUGCAUAGCCAGAGACUUCCAGUCAGUGAUGGGAUAAAUGUGUUCUUUAUGUGGAUUACUUAACAUAAAGACUCUUUCUAGAUUUCCAUGAAGGAGUUAAUUCCUGUUGUCUUUUGGGCAGUACCUUGACCUUUUAGUUUUUUUCAUUUUCUUGUCUGGUCCCCCAUGUCUAUUCUUCUGAUAUCAAGCAAAGUCUCAGACAUUUAAAAAAGCAGAACAGGGCAUGACCUACAUAUGCACCAAUGCUAUCACAAAAGUUGGUUUUGACAUCUCUUGUUUUGAAUGAACCUUCAUGAUCUAGAACUAGUCUCAUUAUCAGAUGACAGAAAGAAACCAUCCAUGAAUGGGAUCUUUUUGAGCUGUGAACCAAAUAAGUUUGCAUGGAUGUGAGAAUAUGGUGGCAAAAUAUUCAAGGGAAAAUCACUUGCUAUACCACCUUUUCCCCUAAAGCACCUUCUGCAGAAAUAUAUUUACUUAUUUUAUAAUCCUUAUGAAAGGAGGAGUAGAGCAUGUUGUGGAACUACUCAAUACUGUGUGUUGCAAGAGACAUCCAUGACCAGGUUAAUGACUGUUGUCACCUAGACUAGUUAAGAGUCACAUGGCUGAAAAACUCUUGACUUCAUACAUAAACUACUGGGUUUUUUGCAUCAUGACAAAACUGUUGAUGUAGCUGCAAGUAUUGCCAAUAUAAUAUUGGAAGUUUUUGAAAGCCCCAAAGAAGCAUAGGCUGUGAAAAUACACAAUUUUAACCACUUGGCUAAAGUGAGAGUAGACACUUUGUUUCCUUAGGAGUCACUGAGAAUUGGAACAAGAGAGGAUUCUAACUUUGAAAGACAAUCUGGGAUGGUGCCAAGUCUAAAAUCUCUAUUCUUGAAAAUCCCCUGCGGAGCAUGUGAAUUUUGCGUGGUCUGGCCAUGAAAGGUAUCAUGGAUAGCACCUUCUCUGGUCUUGAGAAUAAUACAAAAUAAAUAAUGUUUAUGCUCCUGAUUUCCAAGGUAGGAAUCUAGAAGGUAGGAAUAAAAGAACAGGCUACAAUGAGUGGGAAAGCGAAGACCCAUCUAGUGCUUUAGCCUGGCCCCAAUACUUUUGUAUAUGUGUGACUUCUGACAAAGUAGGUAAUACAAAUUCAAUUGCCUGAAGACACCCUGCUGCAUUAAGGCAUAGAUUUCAGAUACUGUCAUGGGCGAAUACAUACUGGAAGUGGUUUAUAAGCCAGUGGAAUACAGCACUUAGCUGGUUCAAAGGUAUAUCUAUUCGUAGUUCAGUAUUUGGUUCCAAAGUGCCUUAUAUACUCCAUAUUUAACAACACAUAUUAGACCACCAUCCUUGUGAACUUAAAACUGUGUGAACCGAAGAGGAUCAGCUACAUUGAGUUGUACUGCUGCUUUCUAAUGUAGAGAAGCCACAUCUUUGGAGGGAUGUUGUCCACAUUCUGCUGUUGAAUAGAAAAAUUGCUCCUUUUUCUAGUUUCUAUGCUCCUUUUAGUUGCCUACUGAUUUCCUUGUCAAGGUAUAUUGCCAAAAACAUAUGGUCUUUUGUAUACCUGGUUUUCAGGCCAUGAGAGUAUGUAUGGUUGAACCACAGUAGCAUUGGAUUCUAUAACUGCAAAACUCUCCAGACAUUCUGGGUAAACACAAAACUACCCACUUUGGUAAGGGUUUGAUUGAGGGGCUCCAAGAAUCCCAGUGAACUGAGGCACAGUGUUUAUUCACAAGAGUAAACCCCAAACCUAAAAGCACUUGGACUCAGGAGGUGAAGUACUUCUGACCUUUAAUCACAUUUGAGAUACUGUAAAAAUCAAGCUGUCAGUAUUUUGGACCAGUUAGUUUGGUUUACUGAUAUAAAACUCUUGGUAGCUAUCAUUUAAGUUUGUCAAGAUAGUGUAUUUAGAAUUACAUAUGAAAUCUUUUGUUCAGAUGUUUAACUGCUUGUAUAAUCAAGUAUUUAUCUGCAAUUACUAUGUUCCUAUUUUAAAAGAGCAACCUUAUGCAUGCCUACUCAAAGGUAAGACAUUUUGUUCCGUGGUGCCUCCUUGCAGGAAAAUUUGCAGAGGACUGCAGCUUAAAUGGCUUAGUCCUCUUCAGAAAGGCUAAGAUGAAUACUGAAUAUUGAACUAUUUUGAUAGCAUGUAAUAUGUUUUAUGUUGUUUUUGAGCUAAAAUACAAAUUUAUCUACUGUAAUUCAUUGCUGAUUGACGUAGAGAAAAGCCUUUGUGCUGUGGGUUUUGUGUCCCCCCCUUCCCUUGUAACUAUUUAUUCUGUUUUAUAUAACAUUUUAUAAAACCUACUUUUUGAAAUAAAGUUUCAUAUGAUUUUUCUUGGA